CAACGCACAUUCAUCAAGUUUCUUCGACGCUACGAAGGACGACCGUGCAGAAAAAAAAGUCAAUGCCAAUUGUUGACCUAAUAAGUGCUCAUUCAAGUCCCUAAUUAUUUUUGAUUUGGGACGACAGCGCUAUAGCCACAACAAGGGAAACCUUAUUUAUGCCAGCUUAUCUCCGAGACCAAGCUCUGCGUUAUUCUUCCUACUUCCAACCACUAUUUGAAGGGACCCGGUGUACCUUGUUCUUCCACUUACACUGAUACAUCCCACACACCCACACACCUACCCACCUAUACAUACAUACAUACACCUCUACCAAUACUUAUAUCUAUGAACCUCUCCCCCCGACUUUACAACAUCCAACGCAACGCAGCAUAACUCAAUUCAAUCCUGCCAAAGGAAACAAGCUAUAAAAUUUAGAAACAACAUCUUUUUCACGGUCGCAAUUAUAAUUGCUUAAACCGUGUGCUUCCUAACCUUCCCAUCGACGAAUCAAUUCAUUCGCAAUUGGGUUUCUGCCUGAUUUGCCACCAUCACUUCAACACACAAUGGCUGACAAACCAACGUCGCCAACUGCGGUGAAUACUUCUGCCUUCGUCUCUCAUAUUUCUACAAACCCACAAUUCACUUUCUCCCGUCAAACUCCUUCUCGCAUGAUGGACAAGCCUAUGAUGGCAUCAACGACUGAGUCGGCGCCCAAGAAGCCUCUCGACAUCAGCAACCUCAUGUCACCACCCGAACCUCCAAAAUUCGAUUCAUUCUCUCAAGGACGGGAUUCCGCAUCUAUGGGUCCUACCGUUUCUGAAGUUCGACGAAUGGGUCCGAUGCCCCCGCUGUCGCCUCCUAUCUCCCCUGCUACUAAGACCGAUGAGCACCCUAUCAAUAUCAUGCCGGCCAGCAGUCCCGUCAAGGAUCCUAUUUUAUAUCCUUCACAAGAUGUCACUGGCUCGCCCCAGCAACAACCGCUAUUUGGCCAGGAUGAACCCAUCGAUGUCCACCGAAUUGUAGACGAGCAUGUCAUUGCGCGACCAGCCAAUCUCUUCAGAGCGACGAGUCCGCCUAACAGAGAGGAUUACGAGUUGUUCCUUUAUUUCAACUCCCGAAUGAUGGAUCCCUACAAGCAAGACCCGAAGGGAUGGUUGCGACGAGAACGCGGGUGGUUGCUAUCGGAUCGACGAGCCGGAUCGCGCAACAACCAGUUCAAGAACCCAAAGCCACUACUCCCUGCCAAGGCACCACAAAUUCGAAAGGAGACGCAGCGUACGAAGACUACAAAGCCCGCCAAGGUUGUGAAGGCGGCACAGGCUCACGCUGCUACUCCACGCCCGAUCCGAUCGUACCCUGUUUCGGGCUCAGGUCAACCUUCGAACCGCGUCCCUAGUGCGACACCGGACCCCUCACAACGCCGAGCUGUUGCACCUAACCGAGAGGACAAGGAUUUCCAAUCGAUCGCCGACUACUGUCCACCUUUGGACUCGCUUCCGAACAGGCCCAACAGCCUCAAGGUUGAUUGGAAGGGUACCCCGAUUGACUUGAGCAAUGAUCCUCAGCGCGACCUUCUGCAUCCUGAUGAGAUCGCGCUGGCUGCGAAUCUCAGACUUGAUUGCGCCACCUACUUGACGAGCAAGCGAAGAAUGUUUGUGAGACGUCGCGAGUGUCUUGGUGUGGGCAAGGAGUUUCGCAAGACAGAUGCUCAGCAGGCUUGCAAGAUUGAUGUCAACAAAGCAUCCAAGCUUUGGACAGCCUUUGAAAAGGUUGGCUGGCUUGACAAGCACUGGAUGGCCCGCUACCCUCCCUACCAACGGGACUAAUGCCUUUUCAUAAUGUCAAUCCAUCAGGCAUGGACCAUCGCAUUGAGGAAUACUUAUUAGACAUACGACAUCUUGAGUUUUUUUUUUUUAAUAUUCGGAUAUUUUUUACGAUUUGUGCAUACUUAAGCUCAGACGGGCUAUCCUACUAGCGAUUGA